CGCGUUUGUGUUGGAGGGGUCCUGUGCAUGGCCCGCCCCUUCAUGUAUUCCUGGCAUGGGGCUCUUUAGGCUUCAGCUUCUGCUAUGUUUGACCGCUUUGAGCAAUCGGUGUUUGCUGCUUGCCACAGAUUAUGGAGCCUCCUGUAACACCUCUCUGCAAGCUGUUUGUGGCGAUAAAUGUAUCCCUUUGACUUGGCUUUGUAAUGGAGAACAAGAAUGUCCUGAUGGCUCAGAUGAGCAAUGUGAUGUGGAAUGUUGUGGUGACCCAAAUGCCUGGCAGUGCAGUGACGGAAAAUGUCUUCCUGCUUCCUGGCAUUGUGAUGGCAUCAAGGACUGCAUGGAUGGCUCAGACGAAAAUAAUUGUGUUUGUGCAGAGAAAAAGAUCAAAUGCCGGGAAAGUGAUCAGUGUAUUGAUCCAUCGAAAAUGUGUGAUCAGCAUAAAGACUGUGAAGAUGGCUCAGAUGAAGCAAACUGUCCCCUGAAUAGUUGCCUGGCUGGCCAGUGGCAAUGUAAGAACAAAGUAUGCAUCAUGGAAGACUGGAAGUGCAAUGGCAUUGACAACUGCGGGGACAACUCGGAUGAAAAGGUCUGCGCUACCUGUCCUGGAGGAAUGAUUAACUGUGAUAAGGGAAAAUGCAUUCUGGAAUCUCUAGUGUGUAACGGCAUGGAAGACUGUCUGGAUGGCACUGAUGAGCCCAGCACCUGUGGCAAAAAAUGUUCUGUGAAUAAUGGUGGAUGCAUGGAGAAGUGCAGCGAGAUGUCUUGGGGUGUGAAGUGUUCCUGUGGUCCUGGCUGGCAUCUGCAUGCUGAUGGUCAAAACUGUACAGACAUAGAUGAGUGUGCACUGGCAUUCAGUCCUUGCAGCCAGUUGUGCAAGAACACAGUUGGUUCUUUUACCUGUGAUUGUGUCCAAGGAUACCGGCUCUCCAGUGAAACUGUGUGUGAGGCCACAGCCGGUGCUCCAAAGAUACUACUAGCCGUUGAUCAUGAUCUUGCUCUCCUGGAUAUCAAAACUCUCCGGUUGAAGACCUUAGUCCCUACUGAGACAACAGUUGGCUCUGUUGCUUAUGACUUGUCAAGGAAAGCCUAUUACUGGGUUGAUGAAGGGAAAAGGUUGAAUAUCUAUGUGUCUGGAAAAGAUAAAAGAGUCCUCUAUCCAAAUGUCACUGGUGUCAACAGCAUAUCUGUAGACUGGAUUACUGGACAGCUGUAUUGGACCAGCAGCUCUCCUCAUGCCAUCUUUGCUGGGUUGAGUGAUGGCAGAGGGUACAUGAAGAUCCUAGAGAAGAAUAUAGUGCCUGAGCAGCUGAUUGUAUUCCCAGAAAACAGAUAUAUGUAUUGGGUGAAUUUUGAAAGAGGAGGAACAGUCGUCGAGGCUGCAGGGAUGGAUGGUUCUGAUCGGCACGUGCUUGCAGUCUUAAUGACGGAAGAGCCUGUGGGGUUGACUCUGGAUUACAUAACUAGUAGACUUUAUUGGAUCAGCAAGUACAAAGAGUCCAUAGAGACCAUAAAAACUGAUGGCACUGGCAGAUACACUUUUCCUGAGAUGCUAAUGAAAGACCAGAACCCACUGGGGCUGGCCGUGUUUGAGGACUGGUUCUUCUGGGCUGACAAAGGGCGCUUAAUCUAUGCAUCCCACACUUCUCCACGGGUCAGUGUGCUGCUGAAUCAUUCAGUCUCUGCAUUCACGGUGCUGCAUGAAUUACAGCAGCCUCAGAGUAAUACAGCGGCAUGUACUCCUGGAUUAUGCAGCCAUGUCUGCCUUCCAUCACCAGUUCAUCCCAAGGGAUACAAAUGUGCCUGCCCAGAGGGCUUUUUUCUCCUACCUUCUGAUGAAUGUGCAGAACUGAAUGUCUUGUAUUCAACUUCAAAUGAAAUUUACUCACUGCAAGUUCACCCAGAGAGAAUGAUGCCACCACAGCCUCAACUGAUGUUGAAAUGGCCAGAAAAUAUUGACUUCCAGGACAUGGACUGGAAAAGGGGAUUAAUGUACUGGACAACCGACAAGAGAGAACUGAUGCGCUUCGACAAAGAGACAAAGGCAAAACUCGUAAUUCCUACUGACUCAGCAGUAUGUGGAGCCACUGUUGAUAUACCUUCUGGAGACCUAUACUGGCUAACAUGUAGCAGAACUCAGAUCAAGGUUACUAGUUUUGCAGGCAUGAUCACGAAGAUCCUCUAUCAGGUGGCAACCAAGGGUCUUAUAAGCUACCUCUUCUUAGACUGGCAAAGAGCAUCCCUCUAUUGGCUGGAGAGCAGCAAGCCUCUUCAAAGGAUGGACCUGCAUGGCAGGGAUAUCAAAGAAGUGUGGAAUAAAACGUGGGCAGAAGAUACUUCAACAGCUUUGGACUUGGGCUCGUGCAGCUUCUUCUGGACUUCCAAAGAAAUGGAACUCAAAGUUUUGAAUCUCAUCACACACAGAACAUAUAAACUGAUGGACAGAUGGACCCCUGGGCUGGCAGCUGCUUAUGGACCAUACCUGGUGACAUUCAAUGAAACAGCACUUACGGUCUGGAAUAGAAGAUCAAUGGAGCCCUCUAUUGUUCAAGUUGCCAAUGUGCAUAAAGCAAUGGUGUUCUUUAACACAACUUUAAUUACUGAGCAACCUGUUUUUGCAGCCAAGCCCACCACUCUUGCAGCCAAGCCCAUCCUUCCUGAGACUAGGACCAUGGCCAAGACCACGGCUCCUGCGGCCAAGACCACUGCUCCUGCGGCCAAGACCACGGCUCCUGUAGCCAAGAUCACCACCCUUGUGGCCAAGACCACUCUUCCUGCAGCCAGAACUGUGGCCAAGACCACCCCUCCUGUGGCCAAGACCACCCAUCCUGUGGCCAAGACCACCCCUCCUGCGGCCAAGACCACCCCUCCUGCGGCCAAGACCACCCCUCCUGCGGCCAAGACCACCCCUCCUGUGGCCAAGACUACCCCUCCUGCGGCCAAGACCACCCUUUCUGUGGCCAGAACCAUGGCCAAGACCACGGCUCCUGCAGCCAAGACCACCAUUGUGUCAUCACCCACUACUAGUACCAUUAUCAAAGCAGCGCCACAGAGAGUAUCAACAAAAGCAGCCCCCCUUACUACCACUAAGCCUACUACAAAAGUGCUAACUCGUACAUAUACCACGAAGACUAUGAUCUCAACAACUAUAUUCUGUGGAUGGGCAGAAGCAGCUUGCCGAAAUGGGAAAGAAUGUGUAUCUUUUGACUACAUCUGUGAUGGGGAGGAUGACUGUUCAGAUGGGUCAGAUGAGGAUGGCUGUCCUGAAUUCUGUAGUAAUCCAGGAAUCUUCAAAUGUGGGAGUGGUGACAAAUGUAUAAACGAAAGAUACCACUGUGAUGGGGUAUCGCAUUGUCCUGAUGGCUCCGAUGAAUCAGAUUGCUGGGUGCCCACAUCGGAUUGUGCUCUGCGGUGUGAUAGCAGCUCGCGGUGCGUGCCUGAAAGUUGGAUAUGUGAUGGGACCCCUGACUGUGCUGACGAUUCAGAUGAACGUGACUGUGUUCAUGCAGAGUGUACCGAUCAGGAUUUCCAGUGUAAGAGUGGACAAUGCAUUUCUUACUCUCUGCACUGUGAUGGAGACCAUGACUGCAAAGACCACUCGGAUGAAGCUGACUGUCCCCUCCCGCAAAUACACCUGUGCCCUUCGGAUGAAGCCAAGUGCCCUAGAAGUGGCGAGUGUAUCCUAAAGGAGUGGCUUUGUGAUGGGGAUGUGGACUGCAGAGAUGAAUCUGAUGAACAGGACUGCAAGUUGCUGAAGCAAGAAUGUAGUGCCAACCAGUGGCGAUGCAACAGUUUAAUAGAGUGUAUCCCUGGCCUUUGGCACUGUGAUGGACAGCCAGAUUGCAGAGACAAGAGUGACGAGUUUAACUGCAGGAACAGGAAGUGCCAGGGCUCUGAAUUCCAGUGUGGUGAAAUCUGUAUAAGUCACACACUAGUCUGCGAUGGGAAAUCUGACUGCCCAGGUGGACUGGAUGAAGGCGGCAUGUGUGCUGCAAAAUGCCAAAAGCGAUGCUCACAGAUCUGCUACCAGUCUCCCACUGGGUCUAAAUGUGCUUGCCACGAGGGGUUCAGGUUAAGAAGUGACAGGCGCUCCUGCAAAGAUAUCAAUGAAUGUAAAGAACUGGAAGAAGAGAAGUGCAGCCAGACCUGUAUCAAUACCAUUGGUGGCUACCAUUGCACUUGUCAUCCCGGCUACUUGUUGGAACCAGAUGGCCACACAUGCAAAGUGAUUGGCUCUGAGCCAAUGCUGCUAGUUGCCAUUCAGUAUGACCUGAUCCUGUAUGGAUUAAGGAACAUGAAAGAGAAUGUCAUAUUGACAGCUGACAAGAACUUUAUUAUCUUCUCCAUUGACUAUGAUUUGGUGGAGCAGAAGAUUUUCUGGAUGGACCUUAAUGCAGAAAGCAUUAAAUGGAUGAACACAAAAUCCAAGCAAAGGGGGACUCUAGUAAAAGGAAUCAAAUCUGACAGCAUAGCAGUGGACUGGAUAGGUCGGAAUCUUUACUGGACUGAUGGGACAGCAGGGCAGAUCUUGGCCACGCAACUAAAUGGUACCUGGAAGGGGAAUCCGGAACACACUGUGGUUCUUGAUUACCUUGAUCAGCCACGUUCACUGGCUCUACAUCCACUAGAUGGUUUGAUGUACUGGUGUGAAAUUGGGAGUGAUUCCAAAAUACAACAAGCUGGGAUGGAUGGAAGCAGCAGAGAAAUACUAAUUGAUGGAGGACUUGGCUGGCCCACUGGCAUCACCCUUGACUUCUUGAGUUGGAGAAUCUUCUGGUCUGAUGACAAAUUUCAUUGCAUUGGAUCAGCCUUUUUGGAUGGCACUGGCGUGAAGGUCUUUGAUUUACCUGAGAUCCGUAGUCCUUUCUCACUGACUGUCUUUGAAGAUGACAUUUAUUGGUCAGACAUGAUAACCAGGAGAGUACAGAAAAUAGACAAAAGAACGGGCAAAAACAGAACAGUCAUUAUCAAGCGCCAUGGGCAGCCAUAUGGGCUAAAGGUUAUACAUGAAGUCCUCCAGCCAGCAGCCAUCAAUCCUUGUGUAGAUGCCAGCUGUUCACACUUGUGCCUCUUGAAUCCAAACAAGCAAGCAAGUUGCCACUGUCCGAUUGGACUUGUGCUUUCAGGUGAUGGAAAGACCUGCAUUCCUCUAAAGGAGUCAGCAUACUUGUUGCUGGUUGCACAAGCCAAUAUUACUCAGGUCUACCUUAAGAAAUUGCCCUCUGUAAUGGGGCAGAUAGGUCUACCUGAUCACAACUCUCUUCCCUUGAUCAACAUCACACGCAUGAGAGCCAUGGACUACUCUGUACGCGAUGCAGCUCUUUUCUUCUCAGAGUCUGCGAGUGGCUUUAUAAAAGUCUUGGCUAUUAAGGAUGCUGGGAGAAAUUCCUUGAAGACAAUCCUGCCUGUUGGGGGCACUGUGAUAUCUCUAGCCUUAGACUGGAUCAGUGGCAACAUCUAUUGGAUUGACAACACCCGCCCCGCCAUCCACGUAGCAACAUCAGAUGGCAGAUAUGUACAUAUGGUGAUUGGUGAAGGGCUUUCCCAGCCAACCUCUGUGGUGCUGCAUCCCCCAUCUGCAGUGAUGUGCUUUGCUGACUUGGGUACAGAGCACGGUAUGCCUGGACCCAUGAUUGAAUGUGCUUCUAUGGAUGGAAGUGGAAGGAGAGUCCUCUGGAAGAGAGCCCAGACUCCUGUUGGCUUGACAAUACUGGACGAGGGAGUCCGGCUGUACUGGGCAGACGAAACAAAAGGUACUAUAGAAAGCAUUCGUAUGGAUGGAUCCCAAUACAGCCUCCUUCGGAGACGCCUGCACGGUCUUACACUCUUCACAGUACGGGAAGGAAUCAUCAUUUGGACAACAGUCGCACACAACAGUGCAACAAGGGUGUGGCACAGUAAACUGGACUCUGAAGAAAGCUGGUGGUUUCAAGUUAACCAAAAACUUGUGGAUAUAAAGAUUUACAGCAAGUUAAGCCAGCAAGGUAAAAAUGGCUGCUCAGAGAAGAAUGGAGGAUGCAGUCAUAUCUGUUUGCCAGUUCCACAAGGGAGAAGAUGCAGGUGCACCACUGGGUACAUCCUAGAACAUGGCACUUCUUGCACCAAAACCUUCAAAUGCCCAGGCUGGCUUCAUCUCUGCAAGUCCAGCAGCAAAUGUAUUGCAAAGGCCCAAAUCUGUGAUCGUAAUGUUGAUUGCCCUGAUGGCUCUGAUGAAACAGAUUGCAACUACAUUGUCAAGAAGGAACCCCUGACCACAACCUUAUCCUGGGCGACAGUGUUGCAAACCAACAAGUUUAUUGGCAAUAGAAGAACAUUGGCACCUACCAAAACUACCGUCACUCAGAAACCUAUCACUAGAAAGGUGUACAUACAACCAAAAGUGACAAAACAAAAAAGUACCACUACAACACGUGCUAUUAUGACAAUAACGCAUGCGUUCCAUCCAAGUAAAGCACGCAAGACCACAUCAUUGACAACACAGAAAUGGAAAAGUCCUUCUCUGGUGCAGGGAAACAUGCAGAGCGAUCUAGAGCCUUGCAACAGUGAGACCUGCAAUAUGAGGGGAGACUGCAUUGUGGAAGGCAACGGGGCGAAGUGUAACUGCAUGUUGGGGUACAGCGGAGACUACUGUGAGGAAGAGGAAAGGAGGCAUACAGCUGGCUCUGUUGUUUUGGCCAUUUUUGCUGUCUUGCUGCUUGCAAUGGCUGCAGCAGGGGUCUAUAUCUACUUGAGAAGGCAACGAAUCCGCCAAAGGACUUCAAGUACAGGAUCUUGUAGAAGACUGACCAGUUACCAAAAGGAUAAUGAACCAGAGGGAGAUAACUUCGUCGAAGAUGAAACCUGUAUUAAUGCAGCAUAUAAUCCAGAGCAGGAACUAUCACCUCCUCUGAAGACAAUCCCAGGCACAGAUUUGUAAAAUAACUUAAUAAAUUAUUAAUUGCGUA